AGAAGAAACUAAAAAGACAGUUUUUUAUAAGCCAAAUGAUUCUUCUUUUUCCAUCCAACUUCCUGUUCCUCAAGUCUGAACCACCUAUAUAAAAUAGCAUGUUCUCUCUCAUUCUUCCUUGCAUCUGUGUUUUCAACAUUAAUAUAUUUUUUUUAGCUGCUCCCUGAAGACAAAGCAUUAGAUGCAUCUCAGAAAUGGGAGACCAUGACUGAGAAUGAGGAGGUAACAGCAAAGUCAAGCAUAUCUCAAAGAGCAGAUUCUCAGAAAGGAACAUCAAAAAGACUUUCAGGAGGUAUUCCCCAGGUCCUUGAUUUUGAGAAAGAGUGUGCAUGGCAAGUUUCGGCAAGUCAGUGGGGAAAUGAAUCAAGUGAAAGAGAUACAUCGAAGAAAUGUUCUCUCUAUGAGCGAGACAAGAAGAAAAGGACUCCACCAGAAAAACGAGGCCGGAAGUGGAAGGAAUUUGGAGAAAGCUUGACUUUAGAUUCAGCUCUUUCUGAAAGUUUAAUGGGUACUGAAGGAAAGAAGUUUUAUAAAUGUGACAUGUGUUGUAAACAUUUCAGUAAAAUCUCCCAUCUUAUAAACCACCGGAGAAUCCACACGGGUGAGAAACCUCAUAAAUGUAAGGAGUGUGGAAAAGGCUUUAUUCAGCGUUCAAGCCUUUUAAUGCAUUUACGGAACCAUUCUGGGGAGAAACCUUAUAAGUGUAAUGAAUGCGGGAAAGCCUUCUCUCAAAGUGCUUACCUUCUAAAUCAUCAAAGAAUCCACACUGGGGAGAAACCUUAUAAAUGUAAGGAGUGUGGAAAGGGCUUCUAUAGGCACUCGGGCCUUAUUAUACACCUGAGGCGCCACUCUGGGGAGAGACCUUAUAAAUGUAAUGAAUGUGGAAAAGUUUUCUCUCAGAAUGCUUACCUCAUUGACCACCAGAGGCUCCACAAAGGGGAAGAACCUUACAAAUGUAACAAGUGUCAGAAAGCUUUCAUCCUGAAGAAGAGCCUCAUUCUGCACCAGAGAAUCCACUCUGGGGAAAAACCCUAUAAAUGUGAUGAAUGUGGGAAAACAUUUGCUCAAACCACUUACCUUGUUGACCACCAGCGACUGCACAGUGCAGAGAACCCAUACAAAUGUAAAGAAUGUGGAAAAGUUUUCAUUCGAAGCAAAAGCCUCCUUUUACACCAGAGAGUACACACAGAAAAGAAGACCUUUGGUUGUAAAAAAUGUGGAAAGGUUUUCAAUUCUAAGUCAAACCUCAUUGACCAUAAGAGGAUGCAUAGCAGAGAGAAGCCUUAUAAAUGUACUGACUGUGGGAAAGCCUUCACUCAGAGUGCUUACCUUUUUGACCACCAGAGACUCCACAAUGGGGAGAAGCCCUAUGAAUGUAAUGAAUGUGGGAAAGUUUUCAUUCUAAAGAAAAGCCUCAUUUUACAUCAGAGGUUUCACACUGGAGAGAAUCUCUAUGAAUGUAAAGAUUGUGGCAAGGUCUUUGGUUCUAACAGAAACCUGAUUGACCACGAGAGACUCCACAGUGGGGAGAAGCCCUAUGAAUGUCGAGAGUGUGGGAAAACCUUCAUUAUGAGCAAGAGUUUCAUGGUCCAUCAGAAACUUCAUACACAGGAAAAAGCCUACAAAUGUGAGGAUUGUGGGAAGGCUUUCAGUUACAAUUCAAGCCUGUUGGUACAUCGGAGAAUCCACACUGGGGAAAAACCCUUUGAAUGUCGUGAGUGUGGAAGAGCUUUCAGUUCUAACAGAAAUCUCAUUGAACAUAAGAGAAUCCAUAGUGGUGAGAAACCCUAUGAGUGUAAUGAGUGUGGCAAAUGCUUCAUUCUGAAGAAAAGCCUCAUUGGACAUCAGAGGAUUCACACAAGGGAAAAAUCUUAUAAAUGCAGUGACUGUGGGAAAGUCUUUAGUUACCGCUCAAACCUUAUAGCCCAUCAAAGGAUCCACACUGGUGAGAAACCCUAUGCAUGCAAUGAGUGUGGGAAAGGCUUUACUUACAACAGAAACCUUAUUGAACAUCAAAGAAUUCACAGUGGGGAAAAAACCUACGAAUGUCAUAUAUGCAGAAAAGUCCUCACCUCUAGUAGAAAUCUUAUGGUCCAUCAGAGAAUCCACACUGGAGAGAAACCUUAUAAAUGUAAUGAGUGUGGAAAAGACUUCAGUCAGAAUAAAAACCUUGUUGUACAUCAGAGAAUGCACACUGGGGAAAAACCAUAUGAGUGUGAGAAGUGUAGAAAAUCUUUUACUUCUAAGAGGAAUUUAGUUGGCCACCAGAGAAUCCACACAGGGGAGAAACCAUAUGGGUGUAAUGAUUGUAACAAAGUUUUUAGGCAACGAAAAAACCUUUCUGUGCAUCAGAAAGUUCAUACAGUUGAAAACCUCUGUGAAUGUGAUGAGUCUGACAAAGAAUUCUCUCAAACUUCAAACCUUUAUCUUCAACAAAAAAUCCAUACCAUGGAAGAAUUCUCUUGGCUUCAAAAUGCCAAUGAGCUGAGUCCAAGUUAGAGAUUCAGAAAAUGUAGUGUCAUAUGUAAAAUGGAAUAGAAUUCCUGCCUAUUUAAGUAACUGUUGGAGAAAUGGCAAUAUAUGGUUCUUAAAAGAAUUUGUGAUUGCCUCUAUUAUAUUCAAGUGAGUUGCAUGUGAAAGAAGGUUAUUGUAGAUUUUCAAGAAUAGAAAAUCAAACCAAAUUCUAGUUAAAGUAUCCAGUGGGGCCUUGACUUACGAGUGUCCCGACUAACGAGUUUUUCCAGUUACGAGCAGUCUCUCGGCCGAUUUUUU